UUAAACAAGUUGAGUUGAAAUAAAAGUUUGUUAUUUAAAUCACAGAUUAAUUUGUCAAUUUUUCAGUUUUGAAAAAAAACUUCAAAGCUAACCAAUGGACAUGAAAAACGUUUACCUUCAGAUUACCAGAAAAAAUGGUUCAACUGUUAACCCUAAAAGAUGGAAUCUAUGAAAACUGGUUAAAUUGUGUUCAUUAUACUAGUUAAAUUACCAAAAAAAAAAUUUCUUGACACUCUGUGUGUUUGUGUGUCCAGUAUUGAAUGAUUUGAAAGAUAGACAUUAGUUGUCCAUAUUAAAUGAAUCCUGAAAGAAAAAUGUCAAUUCUAAUAUGGAUUGGAACAUUUUUCUCACUUCUAAUUGUCUUGUUAUUUGUUAUAUCGUUUUCACUCUAUUGUGAUCCAGCCAAAUCAUCGUUCAAUCCUAACUCUAUCUGUUUAACCUCUGAAUGUGUAAAAACAGCUUCAUCUUUAUUAAGUGCAAUGGAUAUCACUGCUGAACCAUGUAAUGAUUUUUUUCAAUAUGCAUGUGGUAAUUGGAAUAAGAAACACAUCAUUCCAGAAGAUCGCUCCAGUAUCAGUACAUUUGAAGUAUUGGCUGAAAAUCUUCAACUUAUUCUAAGAAAUCUUCUUGAGGAACCAGCUUCAAGUCAUGACAAUAGUGCAACAAUUAAGGCUAAAACCUUUUAUAAAUCUUGUAUGAAUAUUGAGGAAGUAGUUAAGGUUGGUGAUAUUCCGUUAAAGAAAACGUUAAGUGAUUUAGGUGACUGGCCAGUUACAAAUAAAAAAUGGACCAAACCAAAUUGGUCAUUUGAAGAGUUAUUGGGACGACUUCGGGGAGAUUAUAAUCAAGGAAUAAUUAUUGAACAAUGGAUUGGAGUUGAUGAUCGUAAUUCAUCUUUACAUAUAAUUCAAAUCGAUCAAAUGUCUUUAGGUUUACCAAGUCAAGAUUAUUAUUUGAACCCGAGCAGUAAAAAGGAUAAAGAAGCUUAUUACAAGUUAAUGGUUGACAUUGCGAUUUUACUUGGAGCUGAAUAUGAUUACGCUCAACAACAGAUGCAACAAGUUUUAAAUUUUGAAACUAAACUUGCAAAUGCAAGUCUUCCAGAAUCUGAACGCCAAGAUACAAAUGCCAUUUACACCAAGUUGACCGUUCAACAAUUAAGUGAUUUAAUACCCGAAUUCAACUGGCUUGUCUAUCUAAAUACAUUUUUACCAAUCAAAAUCGACAAAAAUGAGCCAGUUGUCGUUUACUGUAUGCCAUACCUAUUCAAUAUCAGAUCAAUUCUGCUUGAAACUCAGCCUCAUAUAUUAUAUAACUACGCAAUUUGGAGAUUAGUAAACUAUGUAACCAUUUACAUGGGAGGUGAUUAUCAAAAUAAGAGGGGCGAGUUUCGUAAAGUAAUUGCUGGUGUUACAGCUGAAAGACUUCGAUGGUCUUCCUGUGUUGAAAUGAUUAAUAAGCGCCUUGGUACAGCCGUUGGAUCAUUAUUUAUACGCGAAAAUUUUGAUCAAGAAAGUAAAAGAACGGCUCUUGAAAUGAUUCACAAUAUUCGCGCGGCUUUCAAUGAAUUGAUUGAUGAAAAUGAUUGGAUGGAUAAUGAAACUAAACAUGUUGCUAAGGAAAAGGCGAAUGCAAUGAACGAACGGAUCGGCUAUUCAGAGACAUUAACCAACCCAGUUGAAGUAUCAAAGGAGUAUGAAAAGCUUCAAGUUUACGAAUCCCAGUUUCUUAUAAAUAUUUUGAAGCUACUUAAAUUUGAAUCAGCCCGGAAUCUUGAAAAAUUACGGAAACCUGUUGAUAAAGAUAAAUGGACAACUGAACCAGCCGUGGUCAACGCUUUUUACAAUCCCAACAAAAACGAUAUCGUGUUUCCAGCUGGGAUACUUCAGCCAAAUUUUUAUAGUCAUAUUUACCCAAAAUCACUUAACUAUGGAGGUAUUGGUGUUGUUAUCGGACACGAGAUUACUCAUGGAUUUGAUGCUAAAGGCCGACAAUUUGAUAAAGAAGGAAAUCUUAAGGAAUGGUGGAACAAUGCAACUGUUCAAAAAUUUUACGAGCGUACUCAAUGCAUUAUCGAUCAAUAUUCAAGUUAUGUUCUUCAAGAAGUUGGCCUUAAUAUUAACGGAAAAAUGACCCAAGGAGAAAAUAUCGCUGACAAUGGCGGCUUGAAACAAGCAUAUCGAGCUUUCAAAAAGUGGGAAAAACAACAUGGAAUCGAACCACUUCUACCUGGAUUAGAUUUGAAUCAUGAUCAAUUAUUCUUUCUUAAUUAUGCACAAAUUUGGUGUGGAUCCAUGCGAAAUCAAGACGCGUUGAGUAAGAUUCGUACUUCAGCUCAUAGUCCUGGUCCAAUCAGAGUUCUUGGACCUUUAUCUAAUUCCUACGAUUUUGCUAAGGCCUACAACUGUCCAUUAGGAAGUCGAAUGAAUCCAAAAAAGAAGUGCUCUGUUUGGUGAUGGAAAUGAAACCCAAUUUUCUCAGAUCGCAAUCUGCAGUUGAUGACCAAUGAUGAGCAUAAAUUAUAAAGUCAUGGGACACUUUAAUUAAGUCCAUCGAGACUUGAAAUAAUAACCAGCAAUAUUUAUUAUUCAAAUUUUUGUAUAAUUUGUUAAGUCGGAUUAUAGCGAAAUAUUUGAUUAGCAAUAGUCUGAUAUCUUCCGAUUCAGUGUAAUCAGUGUUUUGGCUUUUUUUACGCCAAAUCGAAGAGAGUUUUAAUGGUUAAUAAUUAUAUUUCCAUUAAGAUUGACCUUUAUUCAGUUUUAUUAAAUUGUUAACUUAGUGUAAAAUACAUUCAAAUGAGAAACUCUUUUAUAAGAAAAGAAAACCGAUUUUCUUGUAAUAUUGGUCAUAAAUUUGCCAAAAUUAUAGACAAUAGCUACAUCAGCAUGAGGCCAAUUGAUUGACCUGAGAAUCACUGAAUUUUAAAAUAUGCAUAUCAUUAAUUGACUACCAAUAAGUAAUAAUAAUAACAACAUUUUAUUAAAAUUGAAAAAGCAGAAUAAGAAAA